CGUUCGUUCAAUUUUCCACUCUUCACAUUCCUGAUUGAGGCUAAAGAGCCCCGAUUUUUAUCUGGACUAAUAAUUCUCGACUUUAUCUAUUACCAAAGAGUCUUCAAGUGUCAAAUGGAUUCCAUAAUAAACGUGCAUGUGCGUCCCUGCCAUCGUCAACAUGCGGCGGACAUCCGCAAAACCGUGCAGGGCUGUCAAACUGAUUGCGUCUUCAUAUGCGGUGAAAGGAGGAUUGGUAGUCAUAAAACAGUUCUCUCGAUUGCCACGGGAUUGCUCCAAAAAUCCAACUGUGACGAAAUCAUACUGAAUGAAAGGUACUUGCCUUUACUGGAUAAAGUCUUGAUCUUAAUCUAUAUCGGACACACUAGCUUCCCUGGCGAUCUCCUGCCACUUUUCCGACGAAUGAAUCGUUCAAUUCAAAUGAAAUUAACCAUUGCCUACCAAACGAUCGUCCAUCCCCCAUCAAAUUCUCACGUCUCCAACGAGCCAUCCUGUAGCAAUCAAUACCCUUAUUUCCUGCUUCAAGGGCAAGAAAAUGAGGCUGUCAGAUCGGUCCCGACUGGAAAUUCCCAAAUCCCGACAAAUCAUCCGAAUUUUGCGCCUCUCGAUGUCAAUCAAAGUUCUGCGGGGCGAUCUUGUGGACUCGAUAGUAUAAUCCCAUAUUUGAUCUCAACUUUGAUCUUAAAUGUGCUCUCGAAUGUGAUCUCAAGUGAGUUUCCAACUGGGUUUCCAAGUAUGGUCCCUUGUGUGACUGGAAUGUUUUUCACUUCAUUGGAUGUCGGCAAUGUGUUCGAACAGUUUAUUUAUGAUGCAAUCCUAUUCAACGAGAUGGUGCAAAUGCGGUUUUAUGCCCAAAAUGAAAUGACUCACAAUACCAACUAUUUGAACGAGGUUCUGGCGGUUCUCGUGCUAGGAAUUUGAUCGUCUCUUACGUGUACUGACGAAAUGCAUGCCAAAUACCAAUACUUUGUCAAAUAAGAUGUGAUUAACCCGAUUUAUUUGAAGCCAAUCCAGUUGAACAUCA